AUGCGCUCCCCGCUCCCGUUCCCCUGUGUCCCUGAUCGUCCUUACAAGAUCCUGCUCGUGCAGCGCGUCGGGGUGUGUAGCUUUUGUAGCACGGUCCGUCGCAUGUAUAUGCCAACCAUCACCGCCGUCGACUUUGAGCGGUGGCGCACUCAGGGGUGCGUGCUCGACCCACCUGAUGAGAGCUUCGUCCGCGGCGUCAUGGUGAUUCUUCACGGUCUCGUCAGCAAGCCCGAGCUCAACGGCAGGCAUGGCCUCGUGCUCGGCCCGCUCGCAUCUGGCCGCGCGCCUGUGGCGAUAGCGCCCGUGCAGGACACUGAGCAUCUCAUCCAGCUUUCGGUCAAGCCUGCGAACUGUGCGCUACCGCCCGAGCCACCGGAUAGGCUGGCGACUGCUUGGAACAACUUGGCGCUCGCAUACAAGCGAGCCGGCGCGUCAGCGUAUGACCAGGCGGCCGCAGCGUAUGAGACAGCGCUGAAGCUUCAACCUGGGAAGCCAAACUUCAUGGCCAACUACAUCAAGCUGUGCCUGGUGAUGGCCGGUGAGAGGCGCGGCGACCCUGAAGUAGCUCAAGCCCUGCAGGAGAAGGCGGGUAAAUAUCUGAGCAAGCUCUUCCGCCCGGUGACGACGCUGCCCGAGAAUCGGGGUCUCGACUGCAAUCUCGGCAUCGACUUUGUUCCAGGAUACUCGCAGCGCAUGCUGACGGCAGGCGUCGUGAACUCAGUGGACGCGCAGCCGGCACGCACGACGUAUGCACGGCAGUGGGUCUACGAUCCGCAGCGGGAGGCGCUUCAGGAGAUCAAUCCGGGCGAUGGAAAACCGCUGACGAUGAGCGCAGAGGCCAGAGAGGCGAUAAGCCGUGGGCAUGGGACACACGUGCAGAGAAAUGAGAGGGGAGAGACCGUGUGAGAGUUAUGGACAUGCCUGGGGCCAAGCCUCCCGUGCCUCAUGUGACCGGACUCGCGUCACAAUCGGUCUCUAUGCGCAUAACGUCUGUCUUCGGUCGGUCCCGCGAAAUCCGUAUAAAUAGAGA